CAUGUUAGAAAUAAUUUGAAGAUAUUUACUUCCGGUAUCAAGAUCAAUUGCAAUCAAAUGGAGCAAGUAGCUGUCAGUAAAUGUGAUAUUUGUAAGGAAGACAUUGCAAAGGUAUUUUGCUAUGAAUGCCACCAAUUUCUAUGUCAAUCAUGUAAAUCGUUUCAUGAAAAAUUUCCAGCAACGAAGCGCCAUACAAUCACAGAUUCGCAUAAUAUUGAUCGCUCAACUCUGAUACACAAACUGGUAUGUGAACAUCACAAUAUAGAAUUUACUUAUUAUUGUCGGGACUGUGAAUGUCUAAUAUGCAGUCAAUGCGUCACGUCUGAACACACGGGUCAUACGAUAACCAAUAUAGCGGAAGUUGCUGGAAAAGCGCGUGAGGAUGUAAAGAAACGUCUUAAACAUAUCAAAGAUAACGUUAAGACUUUAUCUGAUUUAAUCGAAGAUUUCAAAACAACGAAGCAAGCAGACAUUGAAACUGGUACCGAUAACUUUAUCAAAGAAGUAAAUAAAGUAUCUCAAGAUUUGAUUAGAAUAAUCGAAUCAAUUGCCAAAAUUAACGUAACAAAUGCCUCAGACUUUCUGGUCUUUGAGAAACAACAAUUGUUAUACAAUGUGGCAAAGUUAGAAAAAUCACACAGUGAAUAUAGUUCGAUACAGGAAAGAUACGAGCAGAUUUUGAGAGAUAAACAUGAUGUUACAUUCUUUCUUAACCACAAAUCUCUAGCGAAAGAAUUUGAAUUGCUAGAUGAUAUUUAUCAUCCUGAAGAACCAAAGGAGGUGGAGCCUUUAAAAACAGAUGUAUUUUUAGAUUCAGUAAAUGAACGCAUCGAAAGCAAAUAUGAUUUAAGUUAUCGAAGAAAAACAGAAAGGAAAGAGAAACGGGUGGCUUCUACUCAAAAGAACUCAGGAAAAAGACAAACAGUUAACCUAUGUCCAGUUGAUGAGGAGAGCAUUCAUAGUAAAAUGGUCUCUGUAGCCAUAGAGAUAGGAAAUGAAGAAUCAGAAUAUGCAUUGUCAUUAGUUAAUAGU